CUACCUGUUGGAGCUCAGUGCGGGAGAGUGCCGUGCCGGACUCACGCUGAUCGUGGAUCUGCGGGAAGCCCAUUGCACUUAGGAGGCAAAAACAGCCUAAACAAUGUCUCCGAGACUGUUACUCUGCGCUGUUUUGGCUGUGUACCAGGGGACGCCAACCUGCACCGGAUUUAAUGUAGAUGAACGGUUUCCUGUGAUCAAAGAGGGGAAAACCAAAGGGAGCUUCUUUGGAUUCUCAGUCGCUCUGCAUCAACAGACGGGGGGCUCCAAAAAAUACCUGCUUCUUGCAGGGGCACCCAAGGAGAAAGCCCAAUCUCUACAAAAUGUCAAUGAGACAGGUGCUGUGUACUCCUGUCCCCUUACCACAGUCUCCAAUGACUGCACCAGGAUGGACCUGGUCAGCACAACAAGUCCUUCUGAGAUGGUGGAGGGCAUGUGGCUGGGCGUGACAGUGGCCAGUCAGAGGGACCAGCCGGGGGGACGUGUGCUGGCAUGUGGGCAUCGGUAUGUGAAGAUCAUCCAAGGCGGCACAGAGGAGCAGCGGCGGAUGAUAGGGAAGUGCUAUGUAAGGAGUAACGAUCUGACCUACGACCCAAACGAUGACUGGCAGACUUACAGUUACGAGGUCUGCAACCCUAGCUUUGACUUGGAGCUCGAGGGCAUGUGCAACAUGGGCAUCUCAGGCGGCAUGACAGACACUGAUGUCUACAUCGGCGCCACAGGCAGCUACGUGUGGCAAGGAAAUGUUCACGUAACAUGGAGAGAUCCGGAUCCAUUGAACGCUUGGGACUCGAUAGGCAAAGACUUUGGCCAGCUGAAAAAGCGAUACAGUUAUAUGGGUUACUCAGUUCUCGAAGAGAAGAAGCUGCUGACCCAUGACGACUACACAGUAGUGACAGGGUCUCCCAGGGAUGAGUCCAAGGGCUCUGUGGUGUUUGGGACAAAGAAUGACAAGGGCAUUGAAUCGGUGCUCACCAUCCGGGGGGAACAAGUGGGCUCGUACUUUGGGAGCAGCCUUGCUGUCACCGACCUCAACAAUGACGACUGGAAUGACCUGAUUGUGGGAGCCCCGUUUUACUUUGACCGUAUGAACGAUCAUGGUGGAGCAGUGUAUAUCUUCAUGAAUGAGAAUGGAUCUUUCCAGAAGAACGCCACCGUGGUACUGAAGGGUCCGUCGGCUUCUGGAUUUGGGUUUGCAGUGGCUGCCAUUGGUGAUAUCAACCAAGAUGGAUUCCAAGACUUUGCAGUGGGAGCUCCUUUCCACGACUCAGGAAAGGUCUACAUAUGGAUGGGAAGUAAACAGGGAGUCUCAGAGAGGCCCAGUCAGGUGAUUGAGGGUAAGACAGUGGGCAAUAACGGAUUCCGUACCUUCGGCUACUCCAUCAGUGGAGGGAUGGACAUGGAUGACAACACUUACCCUGACAUCUUAAUUGGUUCUCUGGACGACCGCAUUGCCCUGCUCAGAGCUCGACCAGUCAUCCACUUAACAAAGGACUUCGUAGUCAUGCCUAAGAUUGUGGACCCUAAUCAGUGUCCUGGAAAUACGCCAUGCAUUACAGUGACUCUGUGUAUGUCUUUCACUCUGAGCAAUGGAAACAAAGACUUCAAGAAAAAUAUCACGCUGAAUUACACAGUGAAGGCGGACAUGGAGAGGAGAAGUCCACGAGUUCGUUUCGAGAAGGGUGACACCUAUAAUGGCCUCCUUAGCCUGCCGUCUUCCAAACGCACAUGUCACACUCUAAAGCUGUUUGUAAUGGAGCCUGUGAGGGACAAACUGGAACCCGUGGUCUUUUUCCUCAACAUAUCCUUACAUGAACCAAAACCAAAAUCCAGACGCUCCUUCCAGAACCUGGACUUCUUCCCAGUCCUGAGCCAGGAGCAGAAACUCACACAAAGAACUGAGAUUAACUUUCAGAAGGAGUGUGGCUCAGACAACAAAUGCAGCAGUAACCUGAAGCUGAGAGCCCAGUUUGUUGACAGCGAUAAAAAGCCGUAUCCCAGGCAGGGCAAAUUCCAGGUUCUUCAGUUCAACAGCAAUAUGAGGAUAGUGGAGUUGAUGGUGAACGUGACUAACAUCCCUUCCGCGGGGAAGGUGGCUGAGGACGCCCAUCAAGCCAUGCUCAACAUCACCAUCCCUGAGGCACUGAGAUACUCUGGUGUCAGGUCAACGGACCGUGAUGUACAAUGCACUUUGGAAAACACAGUGAUUUGUGAGCUGGGGAAUCCGCUUAAAGCCAAUGAGAAUGUGUCACUUUCCCUCAAGUUUGAGACAUCAGGGAUUAAUCUUUACACACAAGAGAUCGAGUCCCAGCUGCUUCUGUCCACUGUUAGUGAACAGUUUGACCUGAAGCCGGUGCCAGUGGGCCUGCUGAUUGAAAAUACCAUCCUCCCUUCCUUUUCCAUAGAAAACGCCUUGGUGCAAACAAACUUCGGUGGGACAGUGAUGGGCGAGUCAGCCAUGGUAAACACCAGUGACGUGGGCAGUCUGGUGGAGUUCACCUUCAAUGUGAACAUGAGAGGUCAGCCCCUGGGAGACUUGGGCACCCUGGCUGUGGAGUUUGAGUGGCCCUUUGAGGUAGCCAACGGCAAGUGGCUGUUGUACCUGACGAAGGUCGUCGUUGCGGGGGAAUCAGAGACGGAAUGUAGACCUCCUGAACCAGUCAUCAACAUGCUUAACCUGACUUUGUCAGGGAGCGGGCCGAGGCGUACUAAACGGCAGAUCGUGGGGGAUGAUGCUCUUGAUAUGACCCCGUCACAAAUCAUUGAGCCACAGGCGGCCAUCACACUGGUCACUCACCGAAGAGAGAGCUACCUGUUGGAAUGCUCCAAGGGGACAGCGAGAUGCGUGAAGUUUCGCUGCCCACUGCUCAACAUGACGGAUUCAGCCAAGAUUUAUGUCCGGUCCCGUUUGUGGAACAGUACAAUGCUCGAGGACUACAGCAACGCUGAAGUUAUGGUCAAAGGUGAAGCCACACUGAAGCUCAUUACAGAUAAACCAACCAUCAGGAUGGACAGUCAGACCACCACGUUCAAAGUAGAAAUAAAACCAGUGGAGGGAGUGGAGACGCCCUAUGAGCUCCCGCUGUGGAUCAUCAUCUCAGCAGCAGUAGCUGGAAUUGUACUACUAGGAAUCAUUAUUCUUAUACUAUGGAAGUGUGGCUUCUUCCAGAGGGCCAGCAGGAGGGAGAUGUAUGAGGCCAAGGCCCAGAAGGCUGAGAUGAAGAUCCAGCCCUCUGAGACAGAGAGGCUGACUGAGGACUACUGAGGCCCCCAUGGGUCCCCAGACAGCACACACCAGUGGGGCUUAUGGCUUGGAUUCUUUAAGCGAGCAAUCUACUACCGGAUAAUGCCAAAGCACCAGGGGGUGAAAAUUCGCAAGGCUGAGCGCUAUCAGUUCAAUCUGGGAUUUCAGCCUGAGGAGCCACAGAAAAAGUAUUGGAUCACCAGCUGGACAGAGAUGCAGCAUUACUACUACUGAGGCCUUUACCUUGAACCCUGAACCACUCACUGUCACACUGGCACGGGACAAACAAAGAGCACUGGGUUCGGUCGAGCCGCAUGGACUUUGCAGUGCAUGGACCAACUGUGGAUAAAGCAUUCAAUUUGAAACUUCUUUAUCUUUUAGUGCAUUUCAUCAACUCUUUCAGUGCAAUAUACUGAACUUUUUUUUUUUGUUUCAGAGAUUGUAAUUUGUUAAGUAUUUUUGAAGAAUGCAGUGUUGUACAUUGGAAUUGGGGUUGCAUUCAAGAGUAAUUUGUAAAAUUGUUUUUGAUUACGUUGCAGGUUUUUACUCAGUGUUUGCAUGUAUUCUCUCAUUCCUUUCCAUUUUGUUCUUUCUGAAUCCUCUAAGCAAAUCUACUGGCCAUUCGUCAUGUUUUAUUGCCACCAUGUCUGUUUCUCCUCUCUAAUCAGAAGAAUGAGUCCAUUGAUUUUCUCUGUGAUUGUAUAUGCCCUUCCUGCUCUGUCUCCAGGCAUCACUUUGUGGUCAGCUGGUGUAGGCUAUGUAAAGGUUUAAAAACCUACAUCUGUCGUUUUUGGAGGUCAUUUUCCAGCUGCACUUAAAAUAUGUUGACCAGAAUCCGCUCUGUGACGAGUGAAGAUGUGUCUUUACGUGAUGUGCAUGUCGGUGCGUGGUUGUGGCUCUCGUAUGCAGAACCUGACUUUGUGAUUUUCAAGCUAUGUAGAAAUAUUACUUCCCUGACAAAAUACAGACAGGUACAGAGAAAAAAGUGGCUCUCACUGGUGAAUGAAAUAUUUUAAUUGCCUACAUUAAAUUCCAUGGCAAGAGUCGCCUGAGCAACCCUGCAACAAGUUGAAAAGUAGGUUCUUGUUUGUAUGUAGAAUUACCCAGGAUUUGAUGAUGAUGAUCAUGGGAGCACACUUGAUUAUUAUUUAUUACACUGUCCUGUGUUAUUACAGUAAAGAACCUGUCUGAAUAUCGUUAAUUAUAUCGCAUACAGGGAGUCACAACACUGGAUUAAAGAAUACAUGGUACUGUAUCUGUCUGGAGGCUUGUUGGUAUCGUAAACUCCAGCAUAGAUAAUUAUGUCGUAUAUUGUACAUAGUGACAAGUUAUGUUGAAUUGACUAUUUGAAUGAAUGCAUAUGUCAUUGGCCUUUGUUGUUUCACUGACCCUAAGCUUUGUAUUUUUGUAUGAGACAGUAAGCUGACACUUGGAUUGUUUCCACGCCAUUGUGGCCAACCUGCAGCACUGAAGAUGUAGUGGAUCGGGAGAAGACAGUCGCCGAGCGGUCUUUGAUGGGACUAAGUGUUGUGUUAGCACUCUAGUUUGUGCUACCUGAGAGCCCACAGCUACUCUUGUGACUUGUGACUGUGGCCUUUGCAGAGGCUCCAUUGACUCUGAGUAAAUAGGGAAGGGCUGAAACCAAUGCACAAACUCUGUUCUCUGUGGUGGUGUUGUUGUUUUCUGUUUUGUUUUUUACUGUGCAGUUUCAAGUAAUUAAAUUGUUUUUA